UCCGCGGCUCCCCGGCCCGCCCCCGACCUGCCCACGCAGAGCUCGCCACAGGCCAAAGAGUCGAGCGGCUGCGUGCGCGUGCCCUAGGGGGAGCCAGAUGAGCCUGAGGCUACCGCCGCCGCCUCCCCGACUAUGUCCUCCGUGGGACCGCGGCAGCCCCCGGCAGAAAACCCCUCCUGGCCUGCGAGCCUCGGGCGCGUGCCUCCGGGGCUGCUGCCGCUGGGCCCGAGCGGCGUCGCGCUGCUGCUCUGCUGUCUCGUCGCGCUGCUCGGCUGGAGCUGGCUGAGGUGGCACCGGCUACGAGGCAUCCCCCCGGGGCCAACACCCUGGCCCCUAGUGGGCAACUUCGGCUACGUGCUGCUGCCGCCCUUCCUCCGGCGGCACAACUGGCUGAACCGCAGGGCUAGGGCCGCGGGGAUGGACAUCAAGGCCCUGGCCCCGCAGGUGCUCCUGGCUGAACUGGCCCGCGUGUACGGCAACAUCUUCAGUUUCUUCAUCGGCCACUACCUGGUGGUGGUCCUCAACGACUUCCACAGCGUGCGCAACGCGCUGGUGCAGCAAGCAGAGGUCUUCAGCGACCGCCCGCGGGUGCCGCUUGUCUCCAUCAUAACCAAAGAGAAGGGGGUUGUGUUCGCACAUUAUGGUCCAGUGUGGAGACAACAGCGGAAGUUCUCUCAUUCAACUCUUCGUCAUUUUGGGUUGGGCAAGCUCAGUCUGGAGCCCAGGAUUAUUGAGGAGUUCACAUAUGUGAAAGAGGAAAUGCAGAAGCAUGGAGACGAGCCCUUCUGUCCUUCCUCCAUCAUCAGCAAUGCCGUCUCUAACAUCAUUUGUUCCUUGUGCUUUGGCCAGCGCUUCGAUUACACCAAUAGUGAGUUCAAGGAAAUGCUUGGUUUUAUGUCACGAGGUUUAGAAAUCUCCCUGAACAGCCAGCUCCUCCUGGUUAACAUAUGCUCCUGGCUUUAUUACCUUCCCUUUGGACCAUUUAAGGAAUUAAGACAGAUUGAAAAGGAUAUAACUAGUUUCCUUAAAAAAAUCAUCAAAGACCAUCAAGAGUCUCUGAAUGGAGAGAACCCUCAGGACUUCAUAGACAUGUACCUUCUCCACGUGGAGGAGGAGAGGAAAAAUAACAGCAACAGCAGUUUUAAUGAAGAUUACUUGUUUUAUAUCAUUGGGGAUCUUUUCAUUGCUGGGACUGAUACUACAACUAACUCUUUGCUUUGGUGCCUGUUAUAUAUGUCCCUGAACCCCGACGUACAAGAAAAGGUUCAUGAAGAAAUCGAAAGGGUCAUUGGUCCCAACCGAGCCCCUUCCCUCACAGACAAGGCCCAGAUGCCUUACACUGAAGCCACCAUCAUGGAGGUACAGAGGCUGACCGUGGUGGUGCCGCUUGCCAUUCCUCAUAUGACCUCGGAGAGAACAGUGCUCCAAGGGUAUACCAUUCCUAAAGGCACAUUGAUUUUACCCAACUUAUGGUCAGUACACAGAGACCCAGCCAUUUGGGAGAAACCAGAGGAUUUCUACCCUAAUCGAUUUCUGGAUGACCAAGGACAACUUAUUAAAAAAGAAACCUUUAUUCCUUUUGGGAUAGGGAAGCGGGUGUGUAUGGGAGAACAACUGGCAAAGAUGGAAUUAUUCCUGAUGUUUGUGAGCCUGAUGCAGAGCUUCACGUUUGCUUUACCUAAGAAUUCUGAGAAGCCCAUCCUGACUGGAAGAUUUGGUCUAACGUUAGCCCCACAUCCAUUUAACAUAAUCAUUUCUAAGAGAUGAAAAGCAUCUCCAAAAGAUGGCAAAAAGAUACAUAAACAUAAUUAUAAAAUAUAUAAAUCUAUGUCCUAUAGAUUCUUCCUACUGUAAUUGGCAGUGGAUCCAGCAACUCAGCAUAUCCAAGUUAGGCUCCAAUUAGAGACAGAUUGGAUAAAGGGUAGAGCCCCAAGAAACUUUCAGAGGAUUCCUCUGCUGGAUACUUUGGCCAUUAUAGUAAUACAUGUCUAUGAUUUGGGGAAUGGGGACCAAACUACCAAGGAAACAGGAAAUAUGGAUUUUAUUUGCAGUGACUUCUACCAAUAAGCCUAUCUUCUCAUUGCUCAGUGCCUCAAACAUCUCAUGUGUAAAAUAAGGGUAACAAAACUUGCCUUCUUUAUACCUCUUAGUACUAAUGAAGGUCAAAUGCCUCAAAUAUUUUCUGAUAUCACAAAAAUGCUGUUAAAUUCUGGAGAAGAAAUUCAGGAAUAAAAGAAGAUCUUCCUCCUGGCUUAUUAAGACCUAUGGCAACAUGAAAGUGGUAUUCAGCCUGGAACACUUUAUUAGAGAGGGAUGGUAGAUUUUUUGGGUAAUACUAAGGUAGAACUUUUCUUAGCACAGAUUCUAUGUUAGUUUCUUUGAUCUUAUUCUGUUAUUUUUACCUUUUUGUUUAUGAUUUUAGUUUUUACUUUUUGUAAUCAUGGGAUGAAGUGGCCCUUGUCUAGUAUACAGAGGAAAAAAGAAAUUAAGAUUUUAAAAAAUCCCCUCUGAAGUUAUUGUCUAAAUUUAUAUGUCUGCCUUCUAGUUCAACUACGUGAACAGUGAGCCUGGCUAAAGAAGUGGUUUCAUCUGCAAAAUUCCUUCCUGCUGAAUUAUUUGCAAAGAUGUAGUUCUACUCUUUGACUUUAAGGCCUGAAGGGUGGCUUUGGGAAUCAUCAUACUUCGAUUCAUCAGGAAAGGUUUCUUCUUUCAUACUGUAUCUAAUAUUCCUUUUCUGUUUCCCCUGCUACCAGGCCCAAUGUAUCUGAUCCUUGAAUACACUCAAAGACAGGAAAGUAUUCUUACUCUUCAUUAAGGUAACUAAAUUGUUUGUUAAUACAGAAGACCCCUCCAGAACAGCACUUCUCAAUAGGGAUGGUAACCCCAGUCAUGGGAAUUUGGAAAUAUGUGCAUAUAUUUCUUGGUUAUCAUCAUGAUUGAGGUGCUACUGACCUUGUACUCCCUUAGGGCCAGGAUGCUAAAUGUCAAAGCAGUCUUUGUCCUGCUCAGUACACCAGAAUUUUCCCCAGUGAGAUCAUGCCCCAAAGAAUGAACACCCAUUUCCUUUAUUCUCCCACAGUACUCCAUGUACAGACGUAAUCACAGUAAUAAUAUGAGCAAGCAUGUUCCAAGCCUUUCCUUGUGCUGGUGCCAUACUGAAUGUUUUGCUUGUAUGCUUAUGUACUUCCUACAGAAAUUCUAUUAAGAGGAUGCCAUAUUGUAGUUGAUGAAGCUGAGGCUUAGAGAAGUUAGUUAAGCCAAGUAAUUAAAAAGCAUCACUGGGUUUGAACCUACUGGUUUCUGUCACUAGAGGGCGCUUUCUGAACCACUUCUCUGUGCUGCCACUGCUGGAUCUUAUAGCAGGCUACCCUUUAGGGACAGCUGUAGGUAUGUGUAUCUUUCUUCAUCAAGGACUGGGGUGCUGAGAGAAGGGUGUCAUACAGUGCCUUAGGCAUGCCCAGUCAACUUGUGAAUGAGUUAAGAAGUGUACUUAUGGGGAAAAUCUCACCCCAUUUGAGGGACUACAGGUCGCAAUUUUGUUGCUUAAAGGUAAUACAAAAAAUUUGUUAUUUGUUAAUGUCAAUUAAAGUCAGUUUUAAAAAAAUUACUGGACUUUUAUUUUUGUUCAUCAUUUAAAACAACCAUUUUGAACAAACUUAGAAUGGUGCCUUAACCGUUUAAAUACAACACAGAAUGUAAGCUCCAGGCCGCUAAAGACUAGGCCAUGCCCAGGGGCCUCUUAGUCACUUCCCUAAAGGAGGGGAGCAGCUACUGCCAUUCUUAUCCAUAGAGAAGGGGGCAAGAAAAGAUCCAGAGUGGUGGUUACUUUCUGAGUUAAACAAAAAGAAAAAAGAAAAAAUUCUGAACUUGAAUUAGCAAGGCCUCCUGUGACUUAAUCAUUUUUCCUUGCUCUGUUUUUCAUGUCAGUGGAGACACCACAUCUCCCUAAUGUCUGACUUCAUCUGUUUUUAGCCAACCUUUGGGUUGUGAGAUCUUCUUAGUCUGUGAGUGGCAUUCUAGGGCAAUUUUGAAUGCAAGGCUAGAUUUCUCCUUUGAAUGAGAGCAUUCUUAGGCAGACAUUUGCAUGUGCAAGAAAUGGAAAUAAUAACUGCUUAAUACAAAUAUAAGAGGAUGAGGAAAAGAACUGAAUAUUAUAUAAUCAGGUAUUGAUUGACUUUUGACUCUAUAUUCUUUAUAUUAUCUAUCAUACUGCUCUUUUCCUUUUUAGAAAUAUACUUAAACACUUUCAAUAUAGAUAAAUGAAAUACAGACUAAACUUUAGGUGCCUGGAAGAUUUUGGGUUUUUUUGUUUGUUUGUUUAAAAGGUAACAGACUAAAUUCAGAGGAACUGACUGAACAGAGAGCUUGUAUAGAUUUCAGAUGACAUGACGAAAGUGUGGAUUGCACUGUACCUUGAGCAAGGCAGUUUGUUCUUGAAAUGGAAUUCAUAUGCUUUUGAAUUGCACUAAUAACUUAUCAUAGCAAGUUUAUUACUCCUUGAUUUAUAUAUGUAUUUUCAGUAUUUCUUUUUUUUUUUUGUAGAGACAGAGUCUCACUUCAUGGCCCUCGGUAGAGUGCCGUGGCAUCACACAGCUCACAGCAACCUCCAACUCCUGGGCUUAAGCAAUUCUCUUGCCUCAGCCUCCCGAGUAGCUGGGACUACAGGCGCCCGCCACAACGCCCAGCUGUUUUUUGGUUGCAGUUCAGCCAGGGCUGGGUUUGAACCUGCCACCCUCGGUAUAUGGGGCUGGCGCCCUACCAACUGAGCCACAGGCACCGCCCUAUUUUCAGUAUUUCUUACCAAAGACUUUGUAGCUUACUCGAGAAAAAACAACAACAAAACUUGGGCUUUUUGUGAGAUUAUGUUGAAAACAGAUGUUUAUUAAACUUUAAAAUAAAAUGUCUCAAACUAUAGCACUUUAAAGACAUCUUUAUAUGGUAAAUUGCUGAAAGGACUGUUAAUGCUUUUCUCAUACAUGUUGGCAUUUUACAAUUUUGCACUUCAUAGUUUAUUUGAAUUAUACAAAUAAUUGUACUUGGUCUUAUAAGUCUGUCUGAUGUCUUGUGUUUAGUCCUCAUCUUUAGUUUCUGAUGCUUUUAUUAAACUUUUUACUUUAAUGGA